AUGCCUGUCUACACAGAUAAGCAAGAACUGUCAUACACAGACAACACAUACCACUACCCAUCCCACGAUAUAAUAUACGACCUCCCCUCGACCAAGUUCCUAGGCUCCCUCAAAACCAUGGCUUCCCCGCCGGAAAACAGACCGUUGAACCCCAACGUCGUCUUCCGCCCCCUAACCCCUCCGUCCCAGCACUCGUCCGCCUCUUCUCACAACGGCGGCUCAUCCCCAGUAUUCCUCAAAUUCAUCAUCAACUCCGUCGCCUUCCUGCGCUUCAUCGCCGUCGCUCUCAGUCUCACCCUUGUCAUUCUCGAGUGGGACGGCCGAAGGCGGUACGAGGGCCUCUCCAAGCUCUUCAUCUUCCUGGCUACCCUGCAGCUCGUAUGGCUCAUAUUCGCGCUGUUGACACAGAGCGGGCACCGUAGAGGUGGCCAGAAAAAGCCCGUCAUCGUCGACCUCGGAUGCGUGAAAUGCAUAUUUGGCCGCCGCGGACGUCGUGGCGAUGGCGGUGACCACGACGAAGAGAGCAACGACUGGAUGCGCGGCUGGUUUGACGUUGAUGACAAGAAGAGGAGGAGGGCGCUGGGGUGGGUGUACACUGCUUUCGACAUUGCGUUUGCGGCUAUCUCUUUCACUUCUGGUGUUAUUGCCGCUGGUGAACCGUACUGCUGGCUAUACGAAACUCACGUCGGCAUCGCGGUCGUUGCCAUCAUUGUUGGUGUUCUUGAGGCUGUCAUUGCAAUUGCCCAGCAGUUCUCCAUCUUGAGGCGUGCCAAGGUACAGGUCCUGUGGGACGAGGACGACGAGGACGAUCUCGGCUCACACAAGUACCGUAUCCGCCUUCCUCAGACUCCGGAGGAGAGACAUGCCCCCAUGUCUGUUUCUGCCGAGUAA